UAUCUUGAAUGCAAAACGAAAGUAACCGGUAUAAAAUACAAAGGUUAUGUAUUGCAAGCGUUAACCGUUUGACAUAAACAAAAUGUGGCAGUAGGGCUGUUCCGUAACGAUUAUAUAACAACAGUUUUUUUUAAUUUCAAACAAGUGAAUACAUUGACUGAUAUUUUGUUUUGCGACCCUUUAUGAGUAAAUAAGUAAUACAUUUUCUGCUCUAAAACUUAAAUAUAAUACCUAUCGUUUUGACGAUGUUGAUAAAUCGUGUUUUAUCGAAAGUAUAUAAGCGCCUGACCAUGUCACUCGAAAAUAGCAUUACUUACACGCCGUCUAGUUCUUUACAAUUUGAUAGUUUAGUAAAUUCACGUAAAUACACUUCAUCUGAGACAGAAGUAGAUUAUUCUUCUCCCCAGAAAUUUAUGGAAUCGCUUGGAGUUAAACCUGGGAAAUUUAUUGAAUACGCGCUUGGAGUUACGAAUGUGGAACCUGGUGUGUUUAGAGGUAACAAGCUAUAUAUACAUAAUUCAAGAUCUAUAGCUUUUGGUGGUCUCCUCCUUGGCCAAGCUGCAAAUGCUGCAUGUCAGAAUUUAUCACAGAAUCUCUACAUCCACAGUCUCCACAAUUACUUUAUCAAUGCAGGACAGCAAGUACCACUAAUUUUCAAGGUAGCAAAUGAGCGUGAAGGUAAAGCCUACUGUAACAAAACUGUCUGUGCCACUCAGAACGAGAAAACUGUAGUAAAAAUGCAAAUUUCUUUCAAAAUCAAAGAAGAUAGCUGUAUUGAACACCAAUGGAAAAUGCCAGAAUGUCUUCCACCUGAAGACCUUCUUCCUGCAAAUAAAAUUUUUGAAGCCAAAAUGAGGGAUGAAAAGUAUCAACAUUUGAAAAGCCGUCUUCCGAUAGAUCCUACAGUAGAAUUUCGACCAGUGGAUCCUGAAGAAAUGCUGAGAACUAAAACCUUACCACCGAGAAGACUAACCUGGGUGAAACAAAUAGAAGAUAUGAGUGAAAUGAAUCAAAAUUGGCACAGGUGUAAUCUUCUAUACCUAUCUGAUUACAUCCUACUCACAACUUCGCUCCUACCAAACAAAGAUCCAUUUAUGAAAACCUUUCUAGUUUCGUUGGAUCACUCGGUAUGGUUUCACAAUGAUAUUGAUGUUAAUGAAUGGUUGCUUUAUGAAACAGAAAGUUCUUACGCAGGUAAUGGACAGAGUUUCAAUACUGGACGCUUCUGGUCUAAAGAUGGCACUUUGCUUGCAACAAUUUCUCAGUCUGGCAUGGUCAGAAAACUGAAGGAGGCAUCUCUAUAAAGUCACAUCCUUUAUGGAAAUAUAUUUGGAUAACCAUAUUUCAAUGUGCAUAAGGAACCUCCUAAUUUUGGGGGCUUAAAAUUUGGAAAAAUGGUUUCGUAUUCCAUACUUUUUUUGAAGGUCUUGUAAGAAAUUAUAUUAUCCAUGUUUAAGAAACCCCUAAAUUUUUUUAAGCUAAUUAAAAAAAAAAAAAGAUUGCUUAUACACGUUAAAAUAUAGUAUACAGGUUUUCAGUGAUUUGAAAUUAAUUACUAGAGUACCUUCGUAAGUCACAAUGGUCCAGAAUAAUUAAGGUUGAUAGAUCUAGGCAAACUGAGACAAAAUGUUUCUACACCAAUCAGAGAGACAGCCUUAAUUAUCUGUAAUAUACUCUAUUUCUUCACACUAACCUUUAAAUAUUCUGCUCUGAGAUUUUACAUAACCAAAUUAUUAAUUAUAAUUAUAUCUCUCCAACAUAUCGUUAACCUUUCUUCACUUGACAUGAAGCUACAUCAAUACUAUUCCUUAAGUUAAGGACUCAUCUUGCAAGUUAGUUGGCAAACUUGCUACUGCUGGCGCCAUGUAAAAAGCACCCUGCACACUGAAGUGGUUGAUGCUAAGAAUGGCAUCCAAAGCAGACAUUGGAGCACAGUGUAAUCUUUGGACUUGGAUCUUGUUAUAUUGUCCAACCCAUGCUGGCAUGGAACAUAGAUGUUAAAUAAUGAUGAAUUAGACACUGUGUGUGUGUGUGUGUGUGUGUACACAUAUACAUACUGGGCCAUUGAAGAGGUUUAAGUGAAUAUCAUCACUGUUUAACAUCCGUUUUCCAUGCUGGCAUGGGUUGAAUAGUUUGACUGAGAUCUAGAGAGCCACCAGCUGCACCAGCCUCCAAUAUGAUCUGGUAAUAUUUCUACAGUUGGAUGCCCUUCCUAAUCCCAACCACUCCAAGAGUGUAGUUGGUGCUUUUUACGUUCCACCAGCACAGGAGCCAGUCAGGCAGGCCGCCAAUAACGAAACAUGAGCUUUCAAGCUUAUGAAUCAGCAACUUGUAUGUAAAAUUCACUCAUUUCUGAAAGAAGUGUGAAUUACUAGGAGACUUUUGUAAAUUCAACUGAAUAAAAAAAAAAAUUUUUUUUUUAAUAAAUGCAAACAUUUUGAACAGUGAUGUUGUAAACUACGCAGAUUCAAAGUGAAAUUUUAAAAAAUCAAUUUUUGAGUUGCAGAAAGCAAAAUUGAAGACAAAACUGAAUAAAGAGGAAAAUUAAACUUU